AUGUAUAUUAAGCGGCUAGAAAUCGACGGCUUCAAGUCCUACUCGAAAUUGCAAGUUAUCGAUGGAUUCGAUACACAAUUCAACGCUAUUACUGGUCUAAAUGGCACAGGGAAGUCGAAUAUCUUAGAUUCAAUCUGCUUUGUCCUAGGAAUAACGAAUCUAACACACAUCAGGGCAGGUCAACUUCAUGAUUUGGUGUACAAGCAAGGGCAGGCUGCAACUGUUACAAUAACUUUUGAUAAUAGAGACAAGAAGCAUGGGCCAAUUGGAUACCAUAAUUGCGACGAAAUUGUCAUUCGCCGGCAGAUUAUCGUCAAUGGUCGGAACUCAUACACGAUCAAUGGAAGUACUGCCACGAACGCGAAGGUUUCCGAUUUCUUCCGCAGUGUCGGUCUCAAUGUAAAUAAUCCUCAUUUUCUUAUCAUGCAAGGUCGUAUCACUAAAGUUCUCAAUAUGAAGCCUCACGAGAUUUUGGGCAUGAUUGAAGAAGCCGCUGGUACUAAACUGUAUGAAGCAAAAAGAACUCUGGCUUUGAACACGAUCCAUAAAAAGCAGUCUAAACUCAUGGCCGAGGACAUCCUCCCACAACUGGAGAAGUUACAGAGAGACAAGCAGAACUUUUUGGAAUACAAUAAUUGUGAUCGUGAAAUAGAACGUCGCGAGCGGAAACUCACAGCUUUCACCUACUACAUGGCUUUGGUAGCUUUUUUCUUCCUUUUGGAUCUUUUCUUUUGCACUAUUCGUUUUUCUUAUGGUGAAUUGUUUAGGAAAAGUCCGAGCAUUGUGAGAAGCUUGCUGUGGAGAAAGCGGAAGAAAUCAAAAGUUUAG